AGGAGUUCACUGGGGAUCAUGUAGGGUUAUACAUUCACCUGAAUUCAAACUGCUGUUUGAUAACAUCAGACACUGGAUACUUUUGAAUCAGAAGGCAAAGCAACAGAGUGUGAGGAGGAGCGAGCUGCUUUGCCAAUGAACAGUUCAGAAAAAAAAAAACUACUUUACGGAUAAUGUUGUUUCUUCCUUAACAGUGUUCAGAUGUAUUUCAACACCAUGAUGAAGACAAAUCCAGCCCUGAUGUUCAUCCUGCUGUUUUCUGCAUCUCUGACCUUCAGCUGUGAUGGUGGCAAAAUCUUAGUCUACCCCAUAGAUGGUAGCCACUGGCUCAACAUGAAAAUCCUAGUGGAGGCGCUUCAUUCACGGGGCCAUGAAAUCACAGUAAUCCGUUCCUCCACCAGCUGGUACGUUGCUGAAUCUUCACCCUAUUACAGGUCCAUCACCAUCCCCCAGGAACAGACUCAAAACAUAGAGAGCCAAAGCCACAUGUCCUCCUUCCUGCAGAGAUCAUUAGACAUCCGUCGGAGAGGGGGAACAUUUUGGGCAUUUGUGGAUUUCUAUAAGAACAUUUUUAAAUUAAUUGGAGAUAACCAGAUAAGUGUUGCCCAACAAGUCGUCAACAUCUUUGAGAAUAAGACGCUAAUCAAGGAGCUGAAUGAAACAGGAUAUGACGUCUGUCUGAUGGACCCUGUAUUUCCAGGUGGAGUGCUGGUGGCACAUUAUCUCAAUCUCCCCAUGGUUUUCAAUGUACGCUGGAUUUUUGAUGGAGAUGCACACUUUACUGCUGCUCCUUCUCCUCCUUCCUAUGUUCCCCAGUUGUUCAGCCACUCCACAGACAAGAUGAACUUUUUCCAACGACUCAAUAAUAUUGUCCGUCAUGGCAUGCUAGUUUACAUGUUCCACUUCGUCACAAAUCCACCCUACCAGGCUGUGUGUGAUCGUUAUUUUGGACCAGGCCAUAGCUCCCGUUCCCUCAUGCAGAAUGGUGAUAUUUGGCUGAUGAGGAUUGACUUUACAUUUGAGUUCCCUCGCCCCACGAUGCCUAAUAUCGUCUACAUCGGCGGGUUCCAGGUUAAGCCCUCAAAGCCUCUCCCAGCUGAUUUAGAGGAGUUUGUGCAGAGUUCUGGUGAACACGGGGUGGUCUUCAUGACUCUUGGGACCCUGUUAGGUGACAUAGGCCCAGAGUUAUCUGAAAUCAUUGCCUCAGCUUUUGCCAACCUCCCUCAGAAGGUUAUAUGGAGACACACUGGAAAAAGGCCUGCCACUUUAGGAAACAACACCCUGCUGAUGAAAUGGCUUCCUCAAAACGAUCUUCUUGGUCACCCUAAAACCAAGUUGUUCAUCACACACGGAGGCACCAAUGGACUUUACGAAGCCAUCUACCACGGUGUCCCAGUCCUGGGUAUUCCUCUGAUCUUCGACCAGUUCGAUAACCUUUUGCGUAUAGAGACCAAGGGAGCGGGUGAGAUGGUUGAAGCAACAUCCAUGGAUGUUGAGUCUCUGACGAAUGCUCUGAAGAAUAUUCUGGACCCAGAAAAGCCUUACAAACAGAACAUGCUCAAACUGUCGCAGCUCCAUCGCGACAAACCAAUAAAACCACUAGACAGUGCCGUUUACUGGACAGAGUACGUCAUGAGGCACAAGGGGGCAGCACAUCUACGCACUGACUCCUACAAGCUGCCGUGGUACGUCUACCACAGUCUGGAUGUGAUGGCAUUCUUUGUAGUUUGUGGUUUGCUAAUUGUCACAUUCAUUUGUAUUUCCUGUAAAUGUCUUAUUGGAUGUUUGUUCAAGUCAAAGAAGUCCACAUUAAAGUCUAAGAAAGAUUAGUUAACAUGUAGAUAAAUCAAGUUAGAGACUGUUGAGAUCAACUAGAAAGCACUGAACAAUGAACAGAUCAUCUAAAUUGAUGGAGUGGGAAUGUGCUGGAAAAAAAAAAUCAUUUAGAAAUGGCAGAACUAGAAGAGCUUUCCUUUAUACCAAAUUGUGUUUAUGUGCAAUUUAACUUUACUGCAAGAAUAAUUUGACGGUGUUUCUUCAUUACAAUAACAGUAUUUUCUCAA